UCCCCCGUCCUCAAAUGUAGGGACUGGCUCCUCGCCUUUACUUGAGAUGACCAACCCCUCGCUUUUACAUGAGGGGACCGAGCUCUCGCCCUCAGAUGAGGGGACAGACUUGAAAGGAGAGGUGCAACGAACCUCCAUAGCAACGGACACAAGUCCCAAUGCGGCGGCACAGGAAGACGAGGAUGGGCGAGACAAGUCCAUCCUCGAGAGGCUGGGGGAGCACGACAGGCUCGCGGGGCAGGAUGAGGAUCAGAAGAGUGAACAAAGAAUUGCAGAGAAGUUCUUCAGCUGGUGGGUGAGCUACACCACCACCACCAAGUUCAUACUUUCCCUCACCACCUCUUCUGUUCCCGCCACCUGCUUCGUCACUAUGCGCAGGCGCAUUUGUGCGGGCCGUAGCAAGAAGAGUGUCUUGCAGCGCCUGACAAAGCUGAACCCUGAUACCCACCGCGAGAGGCUGGAUGGGUCCAUGCGGGGAGCGCAUCUCCCUGACCUGGAGGAGGACCUGGCGCGGGAGGGGGCUGAGGCCCGCAAGCUGCUGACGGUGUGGUCGACGGCGUUCUCCACCAAAACGGCCACGUCAUACUUUACCAACACGUCCGUCACCGUCCGUGUCUCGGCGGCCUGCUCCAUCCGAGGAGUCGGGUUUCCCCGCUGUGGGUAGUUCCAAACACCCACCUUGCGUUGGCUGACGAGGCAGAUUCUCCUUGGGAAUAAUACUCUUGGAUGGUAUGAAAGUUUUAGCCACGCAUAAAGCUACUUAUAUCCUCGUUUAGUGGUACUUGUACCUUCACGUAAGAGGUACACGAGUCCUCAUGUGUAAAUUUCUUGUACCCUUUCGUGUGCAGUAUUUAGCUGGUGGCCGAGGACGUUUUCAUUUAUGGACUCCUGAAACAAGCCGGCAUGAUCUUCACCAAAUUAAAAAAUGGACAGCAUUUCUACAGCGCAUUGUAAAUGUUGAGUGUAACGUUAAAGGUGUGUAAAAAGCUCGCAUCAAUCAUGUAAGUGGCAGAAGCAAAUGCCGAUCCGUACAUCCAGGGGAUUUCAAAAACACGACCGCAUCUCGACGUUGAUCAGCGAAAAAAUAUUUUCACCGAACGAUUUACAGCGUGCCAAUAAAAUGUCCUAUAUACACUAUAAUUUUUAUGAAUUAAAAAUAAGCGACAGGUUUAUACACUCGACGCACAGUCUUGA